ACACAAUACCCAUCAUGGCUUUAUUCGCGCCCCAACUCCAGAUCGUCUCCGACCUCCACUUGGAGACUCCCAUGAACAACCCACAAUACUCAUACGUCAACCUCCAGGUCACUGGCAGUGCACUACUCCUACUUGGUGACAUAGGUCUAGUCAGCAACGAUGGCCUUUUCACAUUCUUGCGAAACCUGCUCGACCAAAACCGCGGCUGCCGCAUAUUCUACGUCCUCGGCAACCACGAAGCCUACCAAACAACUCUUGGGCAUGCUGUCAACCAAAUGCGAGACUUCGAAAAUACCGCAAAACAAGACUACGGCGGCCGCUUCCGCCUCCUCUUCCGUGACCGCUACGAUCUCAACGAAAACGUAACAAUCCUCGGCUGCACACUCUGGAGCAACAUCCAGCCCGAACAAGCCGCCGAAGUCGGAUCCAGAAUGACGGAUUACAACGAAGAGCGCGGUAUACAAGACUGGACGCCAGAGAGAAGUUGCAUGGAGCAUGCCCGAGAUCUGGCGUGGCUUAACACACAAGUUACCCAAAUCCAAACGGAUGAACCGCAUCGAAGUGUAAUCAUCGCGACACAUCACUGUCCUACUAUCGACCCCCGCGCAACUGAUCCAAGACAUUCGUCUAGUUCGAUGAACUCUGGUUUCGUGUCUGAAUUAUCAAGAGAGAUAUGUUGGAUCUCGCCGGUUGUGAAAGUAUGGGCGUUUGGUCAUACGCAUUAUAGUUGUGCAUUUCGGGAUGAAGUGACGGAUACAUUGGUCGUGUCUAAUCAGAAGGGGUACGGUGGGAUAGCGGGUAGUGGUGGAAAGGGGAAGGCGGUUAGGACGGUUGCUGUUGAGCAGAGGGGAGCUAGGUGGGAGGUUGUGGAUAAGGGCCAGGUAUUUAAACAGAAGGAUGAGGGGAAACAAGACGAGUUUGGGUCAGCUAUGGUAAUAGCGACAUCGAACGCAACGGGCGAUACGGAUGUUGUAUUAGAUGAUCAUGCAAGGCCAAAGACAGGAUUUCUUGGUUAAGCAGGCGAGCGAGCCAACGCACUUUUGCUAUAAGCACACUCAGAGUAGAUCCGCAUGACAAGCUGUAUAUGAAAUUAUUAUCCUUCCAUGUAAUAAAAUGAGGCAUUACCAAUUUGACCUUGCCCAAGCUCUCAAACGCCAGUCGAACCCAGUAUACAUUGUCACCUCGACCCAAUUAAGCAUA